CAUGUUUUCAAUCCAACGUUAAAACAAAUUUAGAAUGAUAUGACAUAAUUCAAAGGUACUGUGUAAGUUUAUAACGCUCUGUAAACGAAAAUGGCUCUAAGAAUUAACCUUCGCUGCGUGCUGUGUAACAAUUUUGGUACCAAUUUGUCGAUUUUUCGGUUCAAGAGCAGAGCUCCAAAACAAAAACGAUACAAAUUGUUUCGGCAACGUUCUGACCCGGUGGAAAUAGCAAAGGAAUAUUUUGACCUUAACUAUGUGAAGCAUAUAAAGCAAGAAUGGCCCUCAGUGAGGUGCGCAAUGCAGUCAAGGAAAAAAUACUGUGCCGUUCUCAAUAACUUUACAAACACUGAGGUUUAUAUGCAAGAGCUACAUGCUUCAGGGGCCUACAAUUUUGUGGAAAAACUCCACAAAAAUUCGGCCAAAAUGGCAAAAGAGUUAGAGGAUAAGAUAAAGAGGAUUGAAGAAGAGUUAUCACAAAGUGAUGGGGAAGAGGAAGAGCUAAUCUUAGAGGUCCAGAGAUUGGAAGUGAUGAUGAAAGAGUACGAGGAGCUACAAAAAGUUUGUUAUGGCGUCCGUGCAUAUGUUUAUAAUAAAGGAGACAUUACUGAGUUUGAGAAUCCUCACUCCAUCAAAGAGUCCUCCCUACUCCCGAGCUUCCUCCUGGAUGCGGGAUCGCUCCUCCCAGUUUUAUCCCUUGAUCCUCAACCUGGAGACAGCAUCUUGGACAUGUGUUCUGCUCCCGGAGGAAAAUUAAAUGUGAUGAUGCAAGCAAUUGGAGAUUCAGGUCGGAUUGUGGCGAACGACAUCAACACAAAACGAGUGACACGUGUCAAAAAUGUAUACAAGGAAUACAUACCAAAGCAAUUUUCUGUUGAAAAGUUUGUCAAAAUUGUUAAGUUCGAUGCCACACAAUGGACUGAAAUAGAAACUGAAGCGUAUGACAAGGUUCUAGUUGAUGUUCCUUGUACAAAUGAUCGUCACUCCCUCUAUGUAUCCGAUCGUGAAACAGAUAAUAUAUUUUCAACAUUACGUAAAAGGGAGCGAGCACAACUGCCUCACCUACAAUGUCAACUGUUAAAAAAUGCUAUACUUGCCUGCCGUCCGAAUGGAACAAUUGUAUAUUCUACAUGCACUGCUUCUCCACUGCAGAAUGAAUUUGUUGUUCAGUAUGCAGUUCAGGAGUUAAUGGACCAACACAGUAUAUCAUGUGAGGUACAGAAUACAAGAACAUUGGUUGAUUUAUUAAAGGAUGAAUUCUAUUUUCUUACCUCAACCUCACUUGGCGAACUUGUAAUUCCUAAGCUUGAUGCGAAUUUUGGUCCAAUGUACUUCUGUAAACUUAGGCGCUUACCAAAUUAAUAAUAAAAGUUUUCUUCUUCUGUAAAGACUUUCUGAAACUAUGCCCCCAAACAGUUAGUAGUCUGGGAUAUUUAUUUUUAUAUAUCGUAGCACGAAAAAUAAUUAUUUCAAAAAUACUCCUUACAAAAAACUAAAAGGGUUUCCUAAAUAAAAUUGCUUACCAAAAUUAAAUAAAACCCCUAACAAAAAACUAAAUAACACAGACUGUUUGCUUCCUUAAACUAUCUAAUCUUUUGUUACUUGCUCUCUCUGAAACACUAAACUGCUACCCUGUUAGCAAUGCAAUGGAUCAUACAACUACCAGC